AUGGAUUGGAAAGACCUGGAUCAGAUAGGCACCAGGUUCAUUGCAUAUUUGGAGAAAGUUUUCAGAGAGCCACGUUUCUUGUUUGUUGCGUUAGAGACAGAAGAUGAUGCACAACGCAUUUUGCAGGAUGCUUGGGGUAUCUCAGAGCUUGGGGCUGUAGGAGAUGAGGCUGUACGCAUUUUGAUGCUCUGGAGGGAUGCCAUGGACGUUCCAUUUAGGAGACAGACCCAACUGAGAUGCACGAACAGUUUUUCCUUAUUGCAGCCACCUGGUACCACAGCAGCACGGACUCUCCAAGACGAGUUCGAAAACGUGGUUCGUCAGGGACCUGGUUUUGUGCUUGACAUGGUCAAACGUCAGCUGAAACGGAAACGAGAUGCGAAGGGCACACAGAGAGCAGACAUUGAAAGAGAUCAGAGAGCGGUCUAUGCACUUCAACUUGCAGAGGUGAUCAGAGAGGCAUACCUACCAGUUACACACCAAAUUGAGGUUUUGGAUGAUCCCAAUAAAGCCUGGGGUAGGAUUUUUGGGAGCAGGCGCUCCAAAACUUUGAGAAACCGUUACAAAGCAUGGCAACGUUUCAGAAGCUGGUUGGUGGCUUACUCAGGGGAAGUUUGGCCGAAAAGUUUAACACCUUUGAUUUCAUUUGUUGAAGAGCGCAUUGAUGAUGGAUGUUCUUUCACGUGUCCAAGUGAGCUCCAUGCAUCGCUCACGAUCUUGGAACAGAUUGGAAGGGUGCCGGAUGAGAAGCGUUUUUCAAGCGACACUACUUGGCUCUCUCAUUCGGCAAGUUGGAAACUCGAGUUGGAAACACAUGCACGUGUCGACAAAGCAGCUAAGCCGUACACUGUCGCGAUCUUAGCUUCACUGGAAAUCUUUGUCAUGGACUUGCAGCAGGACUUGUAUGCUAGGUUCAUUGCUUGGGUCAUGUUGAUUGCAAGCUGGACUUCACUCAGGGUUGAUGACAUUCAGAACUUGCUGCCAGAGACGCUUCGCCUUUCCCGCAGGGGAUUCAGUGCGAGGAUAGUGUUGGGGCGGCUGGGAACUCCACGGUUUCAGGAUGAGGUGUGGAGGGCCAACAUGGCCAUGUUGCUCGCCGCGGGAGAGAUGCUUCUCUUUUGGGCUGGGCACAGCCCCAGACACUUCUUGACUCAGGCUGCUUUAUCACUUGGGGUCACGAAGGAGAGACGUGACUACUUGGGAAGAUGGUCAAUAGGACGCGUCGGAAGUAAUGCUUACAUUCAUUCAGCAAGACAGGUUGUAGAAGAGGUACAAGUAGAAGUUUUGCAGGCUCUCGUGAAAGGCACAGCUGUCAUUGAUGAGGGCGAACUUUUGGACGAGAUUGCACAGUUUGCUGAUGAGCAUGGUUUGAUUGGGCACCGCAUCAAACGCAGACACACACAGCAGUUUAGACGUGACACGGCACUUGUGCUUCCUGAGGAAGAAGAGUCAGAGGCAGAGGAGGAUGUGCCACCAGAAGGUGAGAGUGAUGCCAUUGUCUUGGAACCCAGGCCAGAGGCAGCUGGCAACUCAGACAGAGCAAAGUUCUUCGUAACUGUGUCACGGCGGGGGGGCAUCAGGAUAGUUGCAAGGUUUGGGAUUCAGUUUCACUUGAACUUGUUUUACGGCAUCUUGCCGCGAGACCUUGCCAUGGCUGUGGACGAUGCACAGCGACGGGAUUUCCUUAGGAACCACGUCACCUCCGAUCUGCAGUAUGUGUGGGAAGACUCGCAAGUCAGUUUGGACAUGCAAUACAGAAUGGCCCAGCAUUACACUAGCUUGAGGGUUUUCAUUGCGCUGGCAGAAACCGCAGCAGAGUUGAGGACAGCACUGCGGACGGACUUCCAGAUGGACCCAACAGCAGGUGCCGAACAACGUGCUGAAUUGGCACGGGUCGUUAGCUCAUGGCUGACUGGCAGACAAUUGUACGAAAAAGAGACGGAGCUUACAGCAGAGAGUAAAGUCAUGGGUAUGCCUCGGAACCUGCAGCACAGUGAAAGGCUUGCUAUGGUUAAGGCAGUGGAGACAGUGUUAGGGGACCUUGCAGGGAACGACACACCAUCUGCCGAGUAUCUUGCACUCAAGGUUGAAGAAUGCGAGAAUGGAGAAAUCACGGCUUCGACUUUGGACGAGGUAACUUCAAAGGCCCACAAGAAUACGUCUUCUUUGCAGACUUCUUUGGAUCCAGCAGGGCAUGUCAGGGUAGUGAAGAACAAAACGAAAGGGGCUUUACCGGCCAACACAGAGGAGUACAGACAAGCCAUGAAACUGGAAUCCAUCACGUGGAUGUGCAUGUCGGCCAAGUUCAAAUCAAAGAGUUGGUUGUCUGACCUGAGGUUGGAACACUUCACCAAGUUCACUGAGUACAUUUUGGGGGAACGUGUGCACUCCAUCAAGAUUCCAGUGGAUGGGCAGAACAUGGCGCUGAAGCCGCAAUGGGCCCUGGUUUUACAGUACGAACAUAGGUUAAGGAGAGAAGCUUGCAAGCUGGUGAACCGGGGCGAAGCAACUCUUGCGGAAGCACUUCAAAGAGUCAUCAAGGAUGCAGACCUCAAGGAAUCCUUUUUCACCACACCGCUCGCCCUCACAGCGGCCGAGACCCCUGCAAAGUUUUCACGGUCCUCCUUUAAGGGAUCUUCAGAUAGCAACGACGAUGCCACAGGGCGCGCAAAAGGUUUGACCAAAUCCGGCGAAACGCCAGCUAGUGUGUGGCAGUUGGAACAGAUGCAGGCCUUGGUGACUAUGAGAGGCGCCACAGCAUUUGCUGUGUAUCAAUGUCAGUUUGGGGCGCAGUCACCAAAGCCCACCAGGUUUAUGACUUCACUGCAGAAAGCCAAAAGUCUCCCUGCACAGGGAUUGCCCACCUUUGACUCAAAACGUCAUUACCUGGGACCAUUGCCUAGGUCUUGCACACACAAGUACCAUGUCAAAAAGUUGAUUGGAAAAGAAGCUGGCAAGUGGCGCACCGCUGAUUCAGCAGCAUAUCCUCCUCCUCUUUGCAAGUGGCUGGCUCAGCUCAUCGUCUCUCGAGUGGGGGAGGCACGCUCUGAGCUGAGUGGUGGCAGAGUUACAGCAAUGGCUGGACAGGCCACAGAGCUUUCAGUGGCACAGGGUCUUGCAGAUGAGCCGGUCUCAGAAAGGAUGCAGGCAUUUUGCAGGCGUCUCUAUGACAUUUUGCAAACUGCAGUUUUGGAGAAAUUUGACGACAUCAGGUUGGAGGCGAUCAAGCUUGGACUGGGCCGGAUAGGAUCAUCGCCCUUUUCUGAUGAGGAGCUCAAUGCGCUGAGGGGGCGUUGGGCAUCCCUAUUGCCCUCAAGGGCCAUGGCUUUGUGCGUACCGGAACGACAGCCUUUUUACCUGGGGCUGAUUGGGCAGACACUGGAGCUCCUGAGUGAUCCUGAUUUUUCCAUUUACAUGGAUGGCAAGGAUUCAUUUUGGAAUGGGGUGCCGGUUGGCUUUGACGAGCCUUUACCCAGGGUGCCGGAGCUCUAUCCCAGGAAAGAGAAGGUCAGGCCGUUAGAUGAUUCUGAGUACAACAACAUGGCAACCAACUACAAGUCCGCCAGAGAGAUGGCAGACGACUUGGAGAAAAAGUUCUGUGAAGAGGAACAGUUAGGGAGGAUGAUCCCGACCACCGUUGGAGAGAUGAAAUCAAAGUUUCCGCAUAGGACUCCUUUGGUUGCAGCAAUGGGCGCUUUGCGAAAGCCUAACGGCGAUGUCCGACCUCUUCAUGACGGGACGCAUUACGUCCAACUGAAUAAUGCAAUCUUGUUCCAGGACCAGCUCCAAUAUCCUGGUCCAGAGGAUGCAGCUGGGAUGGUGCGUAAUGUGAAAGAAGAACAGGAGUCAGUUUAUGCUUUGUCUGCGGACAUUAAGGCCGCCCACCGUCUGGUGAAAAUACGGGAGGAAGACUGGCCGCUUUUGGGUUGCAAAGUCAGGUCGGAGGACAAGACUGUUUGGAUUAACACUGUUGGUACGUUUGGUAUUUCCUCUGCUAGCUAUUGGUGGUCACGUCUUUUCUCUGGGGUUGGUCGCGCGGUUGGAUAUCUGUUGAAUCAGCAAGAUUGGCAUCAACUGGUCUGUGUGGACGACCUCCACCUUUCGUGUUUGGGGGUGCGCAAGUUUCUCAACCUCUGGAUUGCAAUCUUGAUGUAUGAGCUGAUGGGAACCCCUUUUGCUUAUGGCAAGUUCACCGGAGGCUUGCAGGUGCAAUUCGUUGGAUACCUGCUUGACUACAAGGAAUGCUUCAUUGGCAUUACCAAGCGCCGUGGUGAUUGGCUGAUUCAGUUCAUUGACGAGAUGGCUCGGUCCAGGGGCACAAUCUAUUUACGCCGCUUCAACGAAUUCUUGGGGCGACUUGGAUUUGUGGCACGGGUCUUGAUCUGGCUGAAGCCUUUCUUGGCUCCGCUGUAUGCCUGGAGUGCAGCCAUUGACAGGAGCACGGUGGCGACGGCCCCAAGGCUGGUGCUCCUGGUGCUCCAGUUCUUGAAAGUGCAGCUCACAGAUUGCACCUACCUUCAUUCUUGCGAACGGCCUCAGACUGCAGGGGGAGAAGUUUUUCGCACUCAUGCAAAGUGUGAGGUUAACAGAGUAGUUUUGGGGGGACAUCAUUUGGAAUCUGGCAAAUGGUUUUCGCUGGAGGUGCUGCCCCACCAAGCGCCUUACUUGUUCAAGUCGGAUGGCCAGUCGCAGUGGGCUUCCACGACUGCUGGGCUGCUGGCCGCAUUGAUUGCACUGCACUUGUUUGGCUAUUUGGAAGUGGGGCGGCGUAACAACUUGCCUCCUCUCCACGUGGGCGCUGGCACAGACAAUUUAGCAAACGAACACUUGCUGAAGAAGGGGCUCACGACCAAAUGGCCUCUUUGCUUAGUGUUCAUGCAACUCACUGAAGCACUCAUGAGGGCGCAUGUUCAUGUCAGUCUGGAUUGGCGACCACGAGACGAAAACUGUCUGGUGGAUGCGCUGACCAACGGAGACUUCAGCGCGGUGGACCCGGGCAGCCGCAUCUUUUGCGUCUGGGAGCAAUUUGACUUCUCCUUGUUGCAGCGCCUUUGGGGAGAGCGGGAAAUUUACUUGGACAAGGAGGUGCACGAAGGAGACAAGUUGGCGCACUACGCCCGUGCGUGUACGGACAUCGUUUUUAGGUAUCCUUUCGGGACCCAGGAACUCCUUGGAGUCGCUGCGCGUGGAGAGUACGAUCUGCAGCAACAUGCAAAAGCCAGUGGAGAGAGUCUGGAAUAUCAGGUGCCAGGGCAGAAGCGAAAGUUUGUACCGCACGUCAUCGAGCCGUCCCUAGGCAUCGACCGCUUGUUCUUAGCGCUGCUUUGUAGCGCAUACGAUGAAGAUGAGAUCGAUGGCGACAAGCGCUCCGUGUUAAGGUUCCAUCCCUGUGUGGCGCCAAUCACCUGCGCCAUCUUCCCCUUGCUGAAGAACAAGCCACCCUUGGUCAACAAGGCCAAAGGCUUGGCAUCGAUGCUUCGGACACGUGGUUUCAAUGUGCUCUACGACGAGGCAGGCACUAUUGGGAAGCGAUACCGACGUAUGGACGAGGUCGGAACCCCUUUCUGCUGCACCAUUGACUUUGACACACUCGAGGAUGAUACCGUGACAGUCCGAAAGAGGGAUGAUCCGAUGACGGUGGAGCGAAUGCGCCGAGAUGAAAUUGGAGAUUUCUUGGAGAAAGAGUGUCGGCUACCCAUGUCCUGCUGA